CCAGGGGAGAUAGGAGGGGAGGGGCUGUGAUUGGCUGAAGUGGGCCUGUUGCUAUGACGACGGCUAGGGGUUUGGUAGCGUUGCCGUGCGCUGUGUGAUCUGCGCGCUGCGUGUAUGGAGGAAGCAGCUGCUGAUCUGAUCUCUGACAUUGUGUGAGACAGACAUCUGAAUAAACUGCGGACCGACCUUUCUUUAAACACUUCGCACCGAGGCACGCUGUGCAUGAAUACCUCUUUGGUUUAAUGGGUCCAAUCAUUGGGAUGUCACCAGAUAAAAAAUCCGAGAUCCCGGGUAUGCCAGAAGAGCGGACAGGACUGAGAGGCGUGUGCGGGAUGGGGACCCUGCCUGAAGCCGAGUGUGCAUCAAGUCCGUUAGCGACCAGCGUGGACCGAACCGAAGGUGACGAGGAACUCACAAACUUGAACUGGCUCCACGAAAACCUACUGCAGAACUUCACACUGGGUGGACCCGAAGCUCAGCCCAGCGCCAGCCCACUGCUCGACAUAGAGGGGGACUACGGGUCAGAACAAGGUCCCUCCGGCACCCCUCCUCACGACAGAGUAGGACAUGCCGUCAAAUCAAAGCCGCCAUUUUCUUUUUCGCUACUCAUCUACAUGGCCAUCGAGCAAUCCCCCCGCAAGUCCCUCCCAGUUAAAGACAUCUAUGGCUGGAUUCUGGAGCACUUCCCUUACUUCUCCAAUGCCCCGACCGGCUGGAAGAACUCUGUGCGCCAUAACCUGUCCCUGAAUAAAUGCUUCCGUAAGGUCGACCGGAGUUUAGGAAAGGCCAAUGGGAAAGGCUCUCUGUGGUGCGUUGAUCCAGAGUACCGCCCGAACCUGAUCCAAGCCCUGAAGAAGCAGCACUUCCCAGCCGCACAUGCCUUCUGCACACCUCCUGCCUCCCCACCCAGUGCCUCCUCACCACCUCGUCAUCUCCUUCUACAAAGCUGCUCAUUUAAAGAGUCUGACAUUGACGCUGCCACUGCCAUGAUGCUCUUAAACUCUGCCCCAGGGCACCACGUUGAUCCAUGUAACUCUGAUGUCCCUCUGGACUUGUCCCGCCCGGACUCGGUGCUGGUGAGCAGUGACCCAAAGCAGGACCAUAACUACAGCAGCAUGGCCCUACAGCGCUGCUCGUCCCGCUCCUCCUCCUCCUCCUUGUCCUCUCUAGAUGAAGAGGGCUGUGAGCAUGCCCAGUCAAUCCGCGCCGGCAGCGAAGGUUUCCACAGCGAGGAGGACAUGGACCUGUGGGAUGAGAAAGGGGUGCAGCUGCCCCCCCUGCGCCGCCCCGCCCCCAUCAAGUGGCCCAUCCGCAAACGGGCCCGCCACGAGAUCAAGGUGGAGCUGGACGAGGAGCUGAAGGAGGCCGCCGGCUCGCUGCUACACUUGGCCGGGAUCCGCAGCUGCACAGAGGGCUCCAAACGCAAGAGCACAAAACACCAUCGAAAAUGAAGAUUUUUUUUAAACUCCAUCAGACUCCACCUCCUGUGUGACCCCUGACCUCUACCCCCUGUCCCGGUGUGCCUCCUUUUCCUAAUCCGAUCGCUCACCUGACAUUUUCAGCCUCUGUUUUGUUUGGGAUAACCCUGUUCAACACCCACAAAUGGCAAUAGUUUCACAGUUCACACAGGAGAGCAAAGCCAUAUAGAGACUUUUGUAACUCGGGGCGAACUUCAGUGGGGGGGUGGGGGGGGAUGAGUGUUUGGGCACUGGAGAUACCUAUCCAAAAUGACCUGCCUGCUUCUGAUGGACUACUAGACUAUGGUGAUUCAAAAGAAAAUGGGACUUUUUCUAAAGAGUUGCAUGCUUCCUCCUCAAAACCUGUAUCCUCUUCCAAGUGAAUCUAUUUAAGAAGCGAAUGAGUGCAUGUUUGUAACAGACAAAACCUAACCUCCUGGUGUGAGCAGUUUCUCCUUUUUGUGCUAAAGAUGCCACUGUUUUUUGAACAUUUUGACCUUUGAAUCCUCGUAGGAGAGAUGCAAUAAUUACUAUCCACAUCAUUAACUUUUUCAAAAUACUCUGGUGGCAUAUUGAGUUGAGAAUUUUCGUUUAAUUUAAUUUGAAGAGAAUGAAUGGAGUUGGAGUAGUAUUAUUAAUUAUUGUUAGCACAUUUUACUCAGAAUGAGGAUUGGUAUUACUUUGCCACUGCCAAAUCGAUUCGCAAAGUCAGCUCUUCUACUCCACUCAGUCUUAUGUGACCAUCCUAGUGCUCUUUAAAUGAAUGUUGUUUCGUUUAUUUUCGCUCACCCACUUACAGUCUGUCAUUAAUCAGUGUGUUGUUGACAUUUACUGUGCAAGCUCAAAGCCUAUAUCCACAUGUUUAGCCUCUGCAACAUCUGCGCAUCGUGCCAGAUGUUCAGACAUAGGUGAUCUAUCCUCCAUGGAUUUAGGUGUCAGUGUGUUGCAUGUUAACCCAGGUUUAAAUCCAAAAUGCUUGUCAAGUAUUCUGGCAUUAUAUCUCCUUUUCACAGCAGUGUGCUUGAACUAAACCAUUUCAUAUAAAAGAGUACGUAAAUGGCCACAAGGGCUCGUCUAAAAUAUACUUACUAACAUUUAAAUUACAGAACAGGUAUUCCAAAAUAUGCAGAAAAAUUGAAAAGAAUAACCCAAAACUAGAAGCCCUUGGAAAGCCCAGACCUCUGCCAAGGUGCUUGUUUUAUCUCGGAAUCGUAAAGAAAUAGUGACCGGACCAGAGAUUAAACCUAGAAAUUCUGAGCCACAAAGCUGUAGAGAGUUGUUUAAACCAGUCUAGUGUUGCACAGUUUGGACAAGCCACCAGAGUUUGGCCUCUGCUCUUCCUCCUUGAACAAAAUAAGGAAGCCCGUGCCCUCUACACACUCUGUGAAAUGGAGUGUUUGUUGUCAGCUGAUUGCAUGCAGUUUACUGAGGGGAAGUUUCAAGCCACUUUAGUAAAUGCCACAAUCCUCAUUUUGAAUUGCUGACACAGUGCAGAAUAUGCCAUGGACACGCACAACUGUACCACAAUGUAAUGCACACACUGCUUCUUCCCCUUGGGUCAAAAUAGAUACAAACCACAACAAUGUUAUAAGCAUGAAUGGUGCCAUUUUUUUCUUCUUGUGCCAGGUUCAUGGGUUAUCGUCACUGUAUUUCCCGCCAUCACUGUGUUGUUGUGAUUCAGGCAAGCAAUGGCCUAUUUUUUUAUUUCAAUUAUUUAAACAGGAAAUGGGAGAGAAGGACUUUGCUCAUAGCUGUGACUUAACCAAUUUUUUUUUAUUUUUUUUGCUAUCGAUUUGGAGCUGUAUACUGCAGCUGUCAUUCACUCUUGCAUACACUGGUCUUAUUUAGCUGUGAAAAGAACAAAUUGAUUGUUCGUUAAUCAUCAUCUUAUUUAUGACUUUAAUUUAUGGGAUUAUUAAAUUCAAACUCUUAUUGUUAAGGCUUACAAUGAGGCACAUACAAUAUUUCUCUCCCUGUUUUUAUUUUUCAGCAAUACGCCUUCACUAUAUUGGUAGUGAUCAAGUAUUUUGCCAAUGUUGUUUGUGUUUAAUUUAACCAUGACUGCCAAGUUUUUAUGUUGUUUGUUUUGCUUUUUCUUGAACUUGAUAGAAAACAGUUAAUUAACACUUAUCCUGAAUCCUUUUGUUGCCAAAUGGAUAUACAGCUGGGGUAUCAAAUUUUAGAUGGAUGCUUUCCCUGUGUACUGUAGACUUUUGUUGAAUGAUAAUUUGAUCAUUUUACAUGAUUGUUUUGUAAGAUUUAUGUUAGAUAUUAUGGCUCUAGUCAAAAGAUUAGCCCUACUUUUAAUCCAAGAAAACUGCCACUAAUGCAUCCUGUCGGGUGUAGAAAUAUUGAAGCUAAAAAUCUGAAACUCAGUAAAAGGAAGGCUGCUGCUUAGUUACUAUCUGUUUAGUAUCAUUUUGUUCCCAUUUUGACAGUAGCACUUGCAAAAAAGGUUGUCAAAUUAUUGGUGACCCUUAAUCAGCAAAUUUAUCAAACAAAAUGCAAACCACCACUUUGUUACUCAACAACGUUCAUUAUUUUAUUAUAUAGUUCUGCAGUCACCAUGGGUAUGAUAAUAAUGUACAUUUUGUUGCAUUUGACAAAGCUGCCAAACCAGUAUCAGUCUGUGUCCAUUGUCUGCCAUGUCUGUUGAAUGACACAGCCUUUUGGUUUUUGUAUGCUAACCUCUGUUGAUAAAAUGUUUAUAAGAUUUAUUUUCGCCAAAGAUAUGCAAUUGCAUUAUAUAUGGUAUUACAAAAUAUUAAUAAAAACCUGUUCUUGUUA